AUGCCCCAAUCUAAGCCGUGGUCGUUCCCACGUCCUCCCCCCGAUAUCACUCUCAUCAAUGCGAAUGUUGUCGAUGUUGAGACAGGUCGCAUAAUUCCCAACUGCAGCAUCCGCAUCAAAGAGGGGUUUAUCAUUGAUGUUGGCCCAAUAGAAGAGGCCAACGAGGAUGGAACACAUGUCGUCAACCUCAAACACCGGUAUCUGUGCCCCGGCUUGAUCGACUGUCACGUCCACUUGACUGCGACUCCAGGAGGAUUCUCCCUGAAGGAUCUGUUCGCCGCCAAUGCCAAUACUCUUGCCUACCGGGCUGCCUACGUUGCUCGAGAGAUGCUCUUCCGCGGUUUCACCACCGCACGAGAUACCGGGGGUGCUGAUGCCGCGCUACGUGACGCUAUCGCGGAGGGCCUUCUGACAGGACCCCGUCUCUUCAUUGCUGGCAAACCCCUCUCCCAGACCGGAGGACACGGGGACCUCCGUGCCCCAUACCAGGGGGAAGAGCACAAAUGCUGUGGCGGACAACACGCACCGUCACUGGGUCGCAUCUGCAACGGCAUCCCGGAGUGUCUAGAAGCAGCUCGUGAUGAACUUCGCCAGGGUGCCGAUUUCCUCAAGAUCAUGUGUGGAGGAGGCGUCGCCACGCCCACCGAUGCCCUGGACAUGCUGCAGUUCACUCCGGAGGAGAUCCGCGCCAUCACCACCACCGCUGCGUAUUCCAAGACGUACGUCACCGCGCAUGCCUACACGUGCCAGGCUAUUCGGCAUGCCGUCGAUAACGGGGUGCGCGGAAUCGAACAUGGGAAUUUUAUCGACCCCCCGACGGCACGAUACUGCCAGGAGAAAGGCAUCGUCUUCACUCCGACUCUUGUCACGUACCAGGGCAUGUCAGAGCCGCCCUUCGAUCGCUUCCUGGAUGAAUUCAGUCAGAAGAAGAACCGUCAGGUGCUGGAUGGGGGACUUAAGGCACUCGAGAUUCUCCGCGAUGCUGGUGUGACUUUGUGUUAUGGGUCGGAUCUCCUGGGAGGUCUGCAUCCCAUGCAGAAUCGGGAGUUCAGCAUCCGUGCGGCUGUGUUUAGCCCCGUGGAGAUCCUGCAGUCGGCGACAGUCAACGCGGCCAAGUAUCUUGGCAUGGAGGGUAAACUGGGUUGUAUCAAGCCAGGUGCUCUGGCUGACUUGCUGGUACUGAGCGCCAAUCCCCUGGAAGAUGUAAGUGUAUUGGACAGGAUUGAGAUUUCACUGGACGGAUUGUUCAAAGACGGACGCACUGUCUUAUCCAAGGUCGAUGGGCUGUCGGUGGACUCUCACUAUGAUAUCCAUCGCAUUCAGAGAUGA